AUGGCUGCUGACGACAAGCAGACGAUGGAGGUGGCGGCGCUCGGCCGGCCUUUCAGCCUCGGGAUGCUGUAUGACUGCCGUAAUGACUCACUCAUCCCUGGCAUGACAUUUUGGGACCAUGAUGAUUUGAAAAAUGAUAUACAAGAAAAACCUCAGUGCAAUAACAAUUUUGACAUAGUUGCAUCUGAAUCAAUUGCAGAUAAAUCUUCAGCAUUAAACGUUGAAGCAUCCCUGAAGGCAAGUUUCUUAGGUGGACUAGUAGAGGUUGGAGGAUCUGCCAAAUACCUGAAAGAUAGUAAAACAUCCAAAAAUCAGGCCAGAGUAACACUGAACUACCAAGCAACCACAAAGAUGCAGCAACUGUCAAUGAAUCAACUUGGAAAAGUCAAACAUCAAAAUGUCUUUAAUAAAGGAAUAGCAACACAUGUAGUCACAGCUAUCCUUUAUGGGGCACAAGCCUUCUUUGUCUUUGACCGUGAGGUUUCUGAUGAAGAAAGUCAUCAAGACAUUCAGGGAAACUUGAAGGUGAUGAUCAAGAAAAUCCCUCUCAUCAAAAUAGAGGGGGAAGGGUCCCUCCAAAUGGAGAACAAUGAUAUUGAAAAGGUGAAGAAGUUCUCCUGCAAAUUCCAUGGAGACUUUUUGCUGAAGAAAACUCCAACAACCUUUCAGGAUGCUGUACAAGUCUACCAAAGCCUGCCACAACUGCUGGGAACCAAUGGAGAAAAUGCUGUACCAAUGAAGGUCUGGCUGAUGCCACUUGCGACUUUAGAUUCUAAAGCUGCACAACUCGUCCGUCAGAUAAGUUUAGGAUUAGUGCAGGAAUGCCAGAGUGUCCUGGAGGACUUCACUGAGCUGGAAAUGAGAUGCAAUGAUGCAAUAAGAACCACCACUGCACAGCAGUUCCCACAGAUUGGUAAAAAACUUAAAACUUUUAAAGAAGUUUUUUCUGAGUUCAAACUGGAAUUCCAACAAAAGUUGGCAAAGAUACUUCCAUUAAUCCGGGGAGGAGGGGAAGAGGAGGCUGUGCUGGCAGAGAUCCUGAAGAAGAGACAUUCUUCUCCUUUCAACAACACAAGCCUGAACAAGUGGAUGGACUGUAAAGAGAGAGAAAUCUUAACUUUACAGUCUUUCACCGACAACAUGGAAAACACCCAGAUUGUCCCAUCUCAGAGUCAUCUGUACAAAGAGACUCUGAGUGCAGAACUUGCUGUGUGUUUUGUUUUCACCUCACUGGGAAGUGCUGAACCGUACCUCUCAGCUUUAUCAAACUACUUAGAAGAAAAACCCAAACCAGACGACCCUGAAGAUCCACGUUGUCAUGACAUAGAGAAGGAACAAUGGUACGCCUCUAAAGAAGUAUCAGAUGCAAUGAGACACAAAGCAAAGCUGUUCAGUGAUUUUGCAGAGGCCAACAAAGAGAAUAAGAACAUACAGUUCCUGACAGUGGGUUUAACAAAUGAGACACAGAAAGGUUCAACCAUCUACCUUCAUAAAGACGGCUUUACUGUCAGUGAGAACUUUGAGCCGCCUUCAAAGCCUGAAACAGUGACAGCAGGUGAUGUAACCCACAACAGUGUGACACUGAAGUUCUCUCCACCAAGAUUUGGAGCAGAGAACAUCACCUCCUACAGUGUAGAGUACUGUGUCAGUGGAGAGGAUGGAUGUAAACAAACAACAGCAGCAAAAGCUGAAGAAGUCACAGUGAGCGGUCUAACUCCUAACACAGAGUAUAUGUUUAGAUGCAGAGCAGUGACCUCAGUAGGUGUUGGACCAGCAAACUCAGAAUGCUGUGGAAAGGCUGAUGGUAAGGUGGACAGACAAAAGGUUGCUGUUAUCAACACUCCAGACUUGACUGACACCAAAAACAAUGAAGAUAAAACAGAGGAAGAUAUUCUUGCCCAGUGCAUUGCUUAUGCUUCUCCUGGACCUCAUAUUGUCCUGAUUGUCAUCAAACUGGACAGAUUCACAGAGGAAGACAAGCAGACGCUGCAGAAGAUUCAGGAAAUCUUUGGUAAGGAAGUCGACAAAUACUGCAUGGUUCUCUUUACUGGUGGUGAUCUGCUCAAAGAGAAACCUAUCGAGGAGUUCUUGAAGGACAACAAAGAUCUGCAAGAACUUUUGACCAAAUGUGACGGUCAGUAUCACGCCUUCAAUAAUAACCUGGAGGAUCGUUCUCAGGUCAGCGAGCUGCUCAAGAAGAUCAGAAAUACAACAGAGAAUAAUGGAAAAAAUCAUUACACCAAUGAAAUGUUCCAGGAGACAGACAGAGUGAUUCACAAGGAGAAACAACGAAUCCUAAGAGAAAGAAGAACAAAUGCGCAGCAGGAGGAACUGGUGACAAAAGAAUAA